AUGAGUAGCAGUGAAGCAGCGGCGGUGGCAGCAACCGCAGCUUCCCAUCCAGACGUGUCGUCUGUCCUUGCGGCGCUGCAGGCACUUUAUCAUGAUCCCAAUUCUAGCGCUAAGCAGGAAGCGAACCUUGCCUUGCUGCAGUUCCAAAAAACGCCGCAGGCAUGGAACACGGCGAAUACUCUGUUGCUGUCGCAGGAUCUGCCAUUGGAGUCGCGACUUUUUUCUGCGCAGACUUUCCGCUCCAAAGUCACCUUUGACUUGGAGCAGCUGGAAGGAGCGUCGCAGGAACAGCUGCGCGAUACACUCUUACAUGCAUUGGACAUGUAUGCUUCUGGGCCACGUGUAAUCCAGACACAACUUUGUUUGGCGCUAGCGGCUCUUGCACUGCAAAUGCCUGAAUCACGCUGGGGCGCCGUGAUCCCACAGAUGAUCGAACGCUUUGGCAGCGCGCCCACGACUGUGGGAGUGCUUCUCGAGUUUCUCACGGUGCUUCCUGAAGAAGUGUCGAUGAACCACAGGAUCCCUAUCGACAAUGCCGCGUACCAUGAGCGUGUUCCCCGGCUGCUUACGCAGCAUGCACCGACCGUGCUCCAGGUGCUUUACAUGUACAUCCGUGCAGAUGGCGUGACGACGCCGAUUCAGGCGAUGAUUCUGGCUUGCCUUCGGAGCUGGCUCAAGGCAGGUGAGGUAUCCGCGCUGCAGCUCGCAGAAACGCCGCUGCUUGCGUGUGCAUUUGAUGCACUCCAGAACGAGGAGCUCUUCGACACCGCUGUCGAUGUCGUGUGUGACCUGAUCAACGAGACGCAGGAAAUUCACGAGAAUCAGUCUGUCAUUGAACAGAUUUUACCGCGUCUUGAGGAGCUGCGUCCUGCACUUGCGGCGGCUGGUGAUGACGAGGACCGUGUGCGUGGCCUCUGCCGCAUCUUUGUCCAGGCCGGCGAGACGUAUCACGCGCUCAUCUUACAACACACGGCCGCGCUCCUGCCGAUUGUCCAAACGGUCUUGGACUGUGCGUCGUACCACGACCUGGACAUUGUGCAGAUCACGUUCCGCUUCUGGUACCUGCUGGCGUCCGACGUGCACAAGGCACUGGAGCAGGGCGAGUCGUCUGCGUUGCCGUUCCGUGGUGUGUAUGAGCAGCUGUUUGCUGUCAUUCUACGGCAUCUUCGAUUCCCUAAUGAUGACGAAGACACACUCACCGGCCAGGAGCGCGAUGACUUCCGCAGCUUCCGCCACUACAUGGGCGACACGCUCAAAGACUGCUGCUAUGUCCUGGGUGCAGAGGCAUGUAUUGCACGCUCGCUGCAUCUCAUUGAGUCGGCGUUGGCCCAAGCGUCGCCAGAGCUGCAUUGGCAGGAUAUGGAAGCGCCACUGUUUUCUAUGCGCUCCAUGGGUGGCCAAAUCGAUAUUCAGACCAGCGACGUCGUCCCGAGUGUAUUUGCGCUUGUGCCUCGCUUGCCCCCGCACCCACGGCUUCGGUACGCGGGCCUGCUGGUAAUUUCCCGCUUCACUGAGUGGGUCGCAGAGCAUCCCGAGCAUCUUCACGAAGUGCUGUCAUUUAUCACGACAGGCUUCGAUGGCUCUGACAAAGACAUUGCCGCUGCUGCCGCGCAGGCGAUGAACUUCCUGUGCCAGGACUGUCGCGAACAUCUCGUGCCAUACUAUCCGCAGCUCCUGGAAUUCUUCCGCACAGUGUAUGAUCAUCUCGCCGUUGACGACCUACUUGCCGUUUCUGAAGCACUCACGCACGUCAUCACAGCGAUGUCUUCCGCUGCGGCUGCGUCAGAUGCGCUUCUCCGCCUGGCUGAGCCUCUUCUCCAGAGCGUGCAUGACGUAAGUGCACUGCCAAAUGCGACAAAACCCGACCUGAUGCGCGCGGCUGAUCGCAUGGAGCAACUUGCCCGGAUCUUACAGGUCAUGGGCGUCUCGCUCGCAAGUACGCUGCCAGAAGCGUGUGCAUCUACGUGUUCGCAAGCGUAUGCGAUCCUCGACCGGCUGCUCGAGCGGUAUGGAGACGUCUUUUUCAUCUCUGAGCGUACGUCUGCUUUGAUCCGUCGUGCGCUCAUCUUCUUUGGCGAUCGCGCCGAGCCGACGCUGCCAGCCUUGCUUGACCGCUUUGCUUCGUGCCUGGAAGCCACGGGUUUCUCUGGCUAUGUAUGGAUCAUUGGCAAGUCCAUGGAUCAAUAUGGCGCACAAGCGAAUGACAUUCUUCGUGCACAGCUGGGUCAUGCGAUGGAUCGUACAACACACAAAGUCAUGAGCCUUCUGGCUGCGGCGCCUGCGCCCGAUGCAAUCUCAGACGUCCUGGAUGACUACCUGCACUCGUGUCUCGUGACCAUCCAGACGGCUCCGGCACUCCUCUUCGGCUCAGCAUCUUUCUCUCAUUCAUAUGCGAUCGCUGUCCAAGCACUGUGUGCACUUUCACCAAGCCUCGUUGGAAUUGCUACCGAUGUCGUACGUGCCAUUGUUGAGUAUGCGCGCGAGGCUCCUGCUCCUGACCACACACUUGUCCAGACCAUCCGCGUGGUCGUUGGCGAGCGCGGCUCUGACACUGUGCGUACGAUCCUGCUUGGCCUGGUCACCCAUUUCCCACCGGAGAACAUGCCCGUCGUAGUGGCCAUUAUGCGUGCAUUAGCACUCGACUACCCUCACGAGCUGACAACCUGGACUAUUUCAGCUGCACAGAUGCUUCCUUUGGAAGCGGUUCCUGAUGCGGAUCGGACCAAGUUUAUCGAGCAUGUGCAAACCACAGCGCCACUUGAAGAGACAAUCAAGCCUAGUCUAGUGCGUUUGUACGGAGCGUCACGCAAAUCUCGCGAGAGAGGUACGUAG